CAUUAGAGGGAAGUUUAACAGGGGAUUGUGGGAUUGGUAGUUCAGCCCAUGGCUAGACUAGUUAUUCUAUUCCCUGCCUUGGUGCCACAACAUCCCAGAGGGAAGGGUUUGUUCCUUACAUGACAAGCAGAGGGAGGAGCUGCCUGUAGCGCUAGGGAUGAAGGCCCCUCCCUCCCACAAGGAGCCAAUGGGAAUGUGGGAGGAAGCGAGUGACCCAGUGAUGGGGAAGAAGGAUAAAAAUGAGGAGCGGAAGGAGAGAAUCCUGAAUCUCACACUGGAGAUUAUCUAUCUGCUGACUGGAGAGGGCUACGUCAUCCCUAAGAAGAAGAGCCCAACUGUGGGUUUGGGGGCCCUGCAUGCCCCUGGCUCCGUCAUACAGAAGGAAAAUGACAAGAAGAUCCUGGAACUCAUCUCCAACAUCAUCCAGCUGCUGACUGGAGAGGUUGCCAUAAGGUGUGAGGAUGUUUCCAUCUAUUUUUCCUUGGAGGAGUGGGAGUAUAUAAAAGGAAACAAGGCCCUUUACAGGGAAGGGAUAAAGGAGGAGGAGGAGCCCCAGCAGCUCCGCCCACUGGCAGCCUGUGAGUAUAAAGAUGGGAGCGAUGUUACAGCACAUACGGAAGCAACUUUAUGUUGUAAUAAUGAUGGGAAUCUCACAAACCCUGAUGUUUCUCCAGCGGAACAGCCCCCACCAGCCAAUGGGAUUAAAGAGGAGGCGGCUUCAUGUGAAGGGGGAAACCAAUCAGAUUGCAGCAUUAAUCCCCUUACAGACCAGAUACAGGGAACAAAUACUCCUAUCAUGGGGAGCAGCCAGAAUACCUUACAAAUGACGGGUUAUAAUCAUGAUGAAAAUUCCCACCAAUCUCCACAUAAAUCUCACAUAACAAAAAAUACAUUACGUAGGAAAUACAGCUGCAAUGAGUGUCAGAUACAUUUUAGUAAUAAGAGCGACUUUGAUAAACACCAGAGAACCCACAAAAGGGAGAAACCAUUUUCUUGUUCUGAAUGUGGGAAAUGUUUUUCGAACCGAUCUAUACUCAAUCGUCAUCAAAGGACCCACACAGGGGAGAAACCAUUUUCUUGUUCUGAAUGUGGGAAAUGUUUUUCAAACCGAUCUAUACUCAAUCGUCAUCAAAGGACUCACACAAGGGAGAAACCAUUUCCUUGUUGUGAAUGUGGGAAAUGUUUCUCAAAACAAUCACUCCUUGAAAAGCAUUGUAGAACCCACACAGGGGAGAAACCAUUUUCAUGUUCUGAAUGUGGGAGUUGUUUUUCACAGCAAUCCGAACUGAAAAUUCAUCUUAGAACCCACACAGGGGAGAAACCAUUUUCUUGUUCUGAAUGUGGGAAAGGUUUUUCAAAGCAAUCACUCCUUAAAAUUCAUUAUAGAUUCCACACAGGGGAGAAGCCAUUUUCUUAUUCUAAAUGAGGAAAAAUGAUUUGCACUGAACAGUAGUCUAAAAAUACUUUUACAAUGAGGAAAACCGUAAACUCGUUAUACAAAGGAAGCAUCAGGCAAACAUUUUCUUUCAAGCAGAUUCCAUCUUAAUAUAUGUUUCAGUAUUUAAGGAGAGAAACACAUUUGUGCCCCAUAAAAUAUUUCCUUAAGAGAAUCCUAAAGACUCCUGAUGGGCACUGGGCAAUUCUGAGACUGGGGGGCACCAAAGCAGAAUGCACCAUAAGUACCUUCCCCCGGCACUGGCUCUGCAU